AUGUCGUGGCUGCCUUUGGUUUGUCCUAAUCCUUCUAUUGGUUUUCAGGCAAAGAGAAAAAAGCAACCUCCACCAGAGAAGGAGAAACCAACUAAGAAACAGAAGACAGGAGAAAGUUCUAAGGCAUCUGCCAAACAAAGCAGCAAUGAUCCAGAUGACAACAUGUUCCAGAUUGGUAAAAUGAGGUAUGUCAGCGUUCGGGACUUCAAAGGAAAAGUUCUCAUUGACGUUAGAGAAUAUUUCAUGGAUCAGCAAGGGGAAAUGAAGCCUGGAAGAAAAGGCAUCUCAUUAAAUCCUGAGCAGUGGAACCAGCUGAAGGAACAGAUGUCUGACAUUGACAAUGCAAUAAGAAAACUGUAA